GUCAGAGACAAGUGAAGAGGAGCUCCACCUUUACCACAGAUAUGAAGCCGUUUCUGCUGAUAUUUGCGGUGUACUUGUGCUUGCAAUGCCAAGUACAGGCCGAAUUAUCACGGAGUGUCAUUGAAAGGGCUGUGGAGGAGGCCAAGGCCACAGUGGACGCAGCUUAUAAAUACUCCAGAACAGAGAGCAUUGAUCGUAUGCAGCGAAGUCCAGGCUCCCUCAAGCACAUCUACAGGUUGCAUAAGCAGCCUGUAGGAGUCAGCAGGGAUGCGGUGCGCUCCGCAGACUACAUGGAUUUGACGGUUCAGUCCCUCAGAAACUCUUUGACGCGACGCCGGAGACGUUCUAUCAACGCGACAGAUCUUAUCUCUGAGGAAGAUCUACUAGUCAUCGCAAAUCUGACAGGCUGCUCUCCGCGUAGUCGUGUACAAUCUUGCGACUUUUCAUCCGGGUUCCGCGGCCCAAACAGUGACUGCAACAACAGGCAAAACCCUCGCUGGGGAAGUUCCAACAUACCUUUCGUUCGCUGGCUCCCUGCUGAAUACCAAGACAGUAUGAAUCUGCCAAAAAGUUGGGACCGUGAUCAUGAAAUCAACAAUCACAUACUUCCUUUGGUGAGACUUGUUUCCAACCAGAUUCUGGACACAGCCAACUCUGAUGUAGAGGACGACCCCCUUUACACUCACCUGGUGACUAUCUUUGGACAGUGGACUGACCAUGACCUGACCUUCACCCCUCACUCUCCUGCCAUCCGGUCAUUCAACGAUGGAAUUGACUGUGACCACACCUGCGAAAGGAAAGAGCCCUGCUUCCCCAUUGAGAUUCCAUCAAAGGACCCUCACUUCACAGAUGAUUCACACGAGUGCAUGCCCUUCUUCCGCUCUGCACCAGCCUGUGGUUCUGGCACAACAGGCUACACGUUCGGUAGCCCAACUGUCCGUGAACAGAUGAACACCCUCACUGCUUUCAUCGAUGUAGGGCAGGUGUAUGGUGCUGAUAAAACCAAAGCUCGCCUCCUUCGAGACUUUUCCACAGAUGCGGGGCUUCUGAGGGUAAACCAAGAUUACACUGAUAAUGGUCGUGAACUCCUGCCCUUUGAAGUGGGGCCCAACAUGUGUGAAACCAGACGCCGCAUAACAAAUGAUAAUAACACCCAGGAGGUUCCAUGCUUUUUGGCCGGUGAUGUUCGUACCAAUGAAAACAUUGCGCUUGCCUCUUUACACACAUUACUCAUGCGUGAACACAACCGUCUGGCUCGAAACCUGGCCACUCUGAAUCCUCACUGGGGUGGAGAGAGGCUGUACCAAGAGGCCCGUAAAAUCAUGGGUGGAUACUUCCAGAUAAUUACAUACAGAGACUUCUUACCUCACAUUCUUGGUCCAGACAUCAUGGCCAAGAAGUUGUCCUCCUAUCCUGGUUAUGAUGAGGACGUCAACCCCACCAUCUCAAAUGUGUUUGCAACAGCUGCCUUUAGGUUUGCUCACUUGAUGGUUCAGCCUUUCAUUUUCCGUCUUGAUAACAACUACAAAGACCACCCAGAUUACCCCACCCAACUGUUGCAUAAAACCUUCUUUACACCAUGGAGGAUUCUCUUUCAAGGUGGUUUGGACCCGAUUCUGAGGGGGCUUGUGGGUCGCAAGGCCAAACUAAAUACACAGCAGAACAUGAUGCAUGAUGAGCUAAGAAACAGGCUGUUUAAAUUCACCGCUGAACUGGCCUUGGACCUGGCAUCGUUGAACCUACAGAGAGGCAGAGACCAUGGACUCCCUGGCUACAACCAGUGGCGGAAGUUUUGCGGACUCUCACAACCACAAAAUCUGCAGCAACUAGCUGACGUGAUGAAGAACCGUCAGCUGGCUAAUGCACUACUCAACCUGUAUGGUACGCCUGACAAUAUUGAUGUGUGGCUGGGAGGAGUAGCUGAGCCAUUUGUCAAUGGAGGAAGAGUGGGACCCCUGUUUGCCUGUCUGAUUGCAACUCAAUUCCAGAGAAUUCGCCAAGGAGAUCGGCUUUGGUGGGAGAAUGAUGGAGUCUUCACUGCAGCACAGAGGCACUCUCUAAAGGAAACAUCACUCGCCCGCAUCAUCUGUGACAACACUGGCAUCACUGAAGUUCCUGCGAAGCCUUUCCUAUACCGACCCAGAGGAUCCGGUUAUACCCAAUGUGACAACAUCCCUGCCUUUGACCUCAGUCCAUGGAAGGAGGGUGCUGCUUCAGAGGGCGGCUCUCCUUCGUCUCCAGGGCCAAAAGCUGCUUCAGAGGGCGGCUCUCGUGGGCCUCAAGGGCCAAGAGGACCCCAAGGAGAACAAGGCCCUCCAGGACCACCUGGUCCUGUUCCUAAAGUUGCUUUCUCUGUGGAACUGGGGAGCAGCUAUCCCAAAGCUCAACGCCCCAUUGUCUUCCAGAAGGUCAUCUACAAUGAACAGAACACCUAUGACCUUAAGAGGGGUUUUUUUGUAUGUCCCACCUCAGGUGUGUAUGAGUUCCACGUUAGCGGCAAUGUUUAUCGUACUUCUGCUCAGAUCGAUGUGAUGCGUAAUGGUGACAGAAUUUACCAUGUAUACACCACAAGGCAGAAUGGUUACUUCCAUGUCAGUGGGACUGUACUAACCAGACUGAACAAGGGAGACAAGGUGUACGUGGUGAGCCGUGAAAGUGGCAAUGGUUUGACCAAAGACAGCUAUUUCUCAGGGGCCUUACUUUUCACUGAAGAUUAAAUGCCCUGUCACUGCUGCUGCUGAGCCACAGAACAAACUCAAACCAUUGUAAACAAUAAAUGAUUAAAUACAUUCUUUAUGCUCUGUUUCAGGAAAUACAAAGUUUUACACUAGUCAAACUUUUCUUUGCAAUUACAUGUGAUACACUAAUGUUUAGGGCCUUGAACUGCUGUGUGAGUGAACUCCAGCUGAACCUCUUUUGGGGAUAAAAUGAUGCAUAGAGUUUACACAUAAGAAUUAUAAAGGGAUGUUAAAGGAUUAAAACAUGUAGUGUUGAAAAAAGAAAGCUUUACAUUUUUCUAGUGACUCCUCAUUCAUAGAAAACCCAAAUGUUUACAAACCUGUGGCAUUAUUUGAUUUUGGUUUCUUCAAAAACUUGCAAAAGUUGAAGGGAUGCUAGCAAUGCACUAAUAUUGUAAAUGGAUGAGUCAGUAUAUCUGUGUUUAAGAAGUAACUGAGGAACAAUCUUUUGUCUUUUUAAAUUGUCUUGACUUCUUUAUGGUAUUUAUUGUAACUCCUGGUAAAUUAUUUAACCAUAUCAUCUGUAUUUAUGCUAAAUUAAUCUUUUGUGUGUUUUGAAGGUUUCUGCAGGUGCACCAGUUAAACAAAUGUAAAAUCAAAUCCUCUAUAGAUAAGCUAAAACUACAGGGCCUGCUUUGUCUUACCAGAAUGAAGGACCUUUGAAUUGUUUUCAGUGACUUUAAUAAAUGAAGUGUCAGUAAAU